AUGACGAUCAUCUCCUGGAACUAUAGGGGUGUGGUGAAUGGUCGUGUGAGGAGGCAUGUCAAAGAGCUUCUGAUAACGUCCAAAGCCGAUGUCCUAUGUCUCAUGGAGAUUCGCUCCCCUAAGGUUCAGGGGAUGACUUCCUUAGUAAAUAGUCUUGGCUAUACUAACAGUUUUGUUGUUGAACCUAUUGGUUUCGCAGGUGGUCUCCUCGUCGUCUGGAAGCAGGGGCAAAUUGACCUGAGUGUGGUUAGCAACUUGUCUCAAGCCAUUCAUACUAGGAUAAAAAAUGGCUCACAGGAGAUCUUAUUCACUUUUGCAUACGUUAGGCCCAACCCUUUCGCGAAAGCUCAUUUUUGGGAAUAUUGCAAAGGCAUUGGGAGCAAUCUUAACGUGCCUUGGAUCGUCAUGGGCGAUCUUAAUGACAUUGCGAAGGUGGAGGAACAAUGGGGUAGCGAUAGCGUCAACAAUACUAACCUGGAACGGUUCGUGGAUGCGUAUGGUAGUUGUGGAUUGAUCGACCCCGGGUAUUCGGGGCAAAAAUUCACGUGGAGCCGGAUGGUGGGCAAUAGGGUUACACAGAUGCGCAGGCUUGACAGGGUCCUGUGGAACGUCGAAGCGCAACUUGCUUUUCCGAAAGGGAAAACGGUGGUGCUCCCUAGGUUGAGUUCGGAUCAUAAUCCUUUGCUUUUUAUUGAUGUUGCAGGUACCCCGCCAAAUAAUAACUGUCGUCCGAAACGGUUUGAGGCGGCUUGGUUGUCGAGAGAUGAUUAUGGGAACAUUUGGAAGGAUGCCACACGUCCGGGCACUCGUGAUAUGGUGGAUGUCAUAACAGAUGUGACGAAACAAAGCUUUCUUUGGAACCAAAAUGUGUUCGGGAACAUUUUCAAGAGGAAAAGGCAACUCACCGCAAGAAUCCAAGGAAUUCAAGAGAAUGUCCAUUAUGCUUCGUCUAGAGGACUUCAAAAUCUAGAGAGGAAGCUUCUAAGGGAGCUUAACGCAGUUCUUGAUCAGGAAGAAACCCUGUGGUUUCAAAAAUCUCGAAGAGAUUGGAUUAAAGAUGGGGAUAGGAACACGCGCUACUACCACACUUCUACCAUGAUUAGAAGGAAUAAGAGCCGUGUUCGCCUCUUAAAGUUACAAGGAGAGUGGACAGAUGAUCCUUUGAGGGUCUCUACUCAUAUUAUUGAUUAUUUUUCUGCUCUAUUCUGCAGGUCAGGCCGUGAUGAAACCGUAUCUCUUUCGCAAAUUAACAAUAGUCAUAAAAUUAGCCAGGCCCAAGCUGUCAGGCUUUCCCGAAGAGUCCCGGAAGAGGAGGUAAAAAAGGCGAUUUUUGGUAUGAAAAAGUUGGGCAGCCCAGGUCCAGAUGGGAUCCCGGCUGUCUUUUACCAACAUUUUUGGGAUGACGUGGGACCAGCCUUAACCAAGCUGGUUAAUCAGGCCCUGGAUUCAGGCUCGGUUCAUAAGUCCCUUAUAAGCGCUUGUAUGACCCUGAUUCCAAAAAAAAUCCACACCGGAAACAGCGGCAGACUUCAGACCUAUCACCUUACUUAA